AGCGGCAACUCAGUCUCUCAUUUAUUCCAUUGUUCUCCUGCUAGCUCACUGCUGUACUGAACCGCUACGAUGAUUUGUUCUGCGAUUCCGUGAGAUGUGAUUUACCAGGAAAAGCCUUUUUUUCCUGCUUUGGAGGACAUUCCCCGUUCAUUUGUAAAGGAGAUUCCCGUUUGGCAAACUUUCCUCCCAUAAUCCUGUGCGUUUUGUGUGAUAUUCUGAUCCUGUCAUAAUCCCGCUUUGGCUGCGGUUGUAUGAGUGGUUGGUGUUGGCUUGCCGUCGUGCCCCUAAAGUUUGGAGAGCGGAGCUCAGUGUGAAAUCGGACUCCAGCGGAGGACAGAAGAGGGAGGAACCUCAGAAGAUGGUUUGACUUUGAAGAGUGAGCUGUCUUUUCUUGUGCAGUUGCAUCGUCUCUGACAAGCCGUUGAUUCUAAGAAAGAAAAGAGGGUGAACGGGAAACCUGCACCAGGUGUUGGAUUUCACGCUUUUGUAUUUGUAGACAAACCAGGGCGUGAAAAAAAAAAAGUUUAUUUUGUUUACACAAAGGGAGAAAGAAGUAUUUUGUUUUUUGGGAAAGCUUUAACAAUUCUACACCGUAGCAGGGAUGUUUGGAUGCUUCAAGAGCAGAAAAUGAAACGGAGGAUGUCGCCAUGGGGAACCGGCUUUGGAAGUGGGCCCAGCAGCACCAGCGCUGCCAUGUCUUCCGGCCCUCCGGAUGUGACGGCCAACCAGGAGCCUGCUGAGGUGGUGGAAGAGUGCUCAGGAAAGAAGAAGUCCAAAUUUCAGACGUUUAAGAAAUUCUUCGCCAGGAAGAAGAGAAAGGAGCCGCCGGCCGCUGGAGCAGACGCAGGGCUUAAAGGCAGCCGAUCGAGCGACAAUGUCACAGAAACAUCCCAAAAUAACACGCUGACUCGAUCAGAGAAGGAUAAAGGCUCUGGGUCAAAGAUCAGCCAGGGUAGCAAGGCCUUAUCUCACGACUCGGUCUUUGUUUCGGAGGCGUCGGAGGCCACCGAGGCUCUGGGAGCAUCUCAGGACAGCAUUCAUGGGAAAGUGAAAUCCCUUCAGCUCCAGCUGAGGCAGGCCAUCAGGCUGGGAUCCCCUCCAUCCCUCAUGUGCGUGAAGAGAACGGACGAUGCCGGGGCCAUGUCUGAGGACGACGGCCUGCCCUGUAGUCCACGCGAUUACACAACGCCUCACACAGUCAUGAGUAACCGCUCCAUCAGUCUGGAAGGAAUAGACAGUGACAGUGACCAGGUGUCCUGCGCCGCCUCCAGCAGAGCGGUGAGCCUGCUGGAGGUCCCGGGGGACUUCAGUCAGCCGGCGAGUCCCUUCGGCUGCCUCGAUAACUCUGCCGCCAAACACAAGCUGGGCCUGAGACACAAAGCCGGCAACAGGAGGAAACCCGUGGCAAGGCUGGAGAUGAGAGCAGCGGGGGACUCGGCGGUGGAGGAUCCCUCCCCAGCAGAGGCUGCAGAGGAGCGAGAGCAACAGAGGACAGCAGAAGUUGUAAGUGUCGAGGACCUGAAAGCACAGGGGGAUGGGGAGGAAGAAGCCGGAGGAGGAGAGGAGGAGGAGGAGGAGGAGGAGCAGCCAAAGCAUUCCAGACACUCCCUGUUGAGUCACAAGGAGGAGGAGGAGGAGGAGGAGAGGGAGGAAGGAGAGGACCAGUCUGAAGCUGAGCAGGAUGUUUCUCACGGCCCGGACUCGUCGUCUCCUGUCGAGCUGCGUCUCUCUGAGGAGGAAGCCGAGGCCCGGCCCGCCUCCCGGCCCGGCUCCAGGGAUUCCUCUCUGGACAGUCCCGGGGCCACGCCAGAGCCCCCUGCCGCUCAGAGGGAGUACUUGCUGGACCCUCCAGGCAUCGCCUACGGAGCAGAGAAGACGGGGGCAGAAAGUGACUUGGCACUGAGCGAAGAAGAUGAAGUCCAAGAAAACAUGGAGGAGGAGAGCUCCUUCUUACAAGAAGUGCUGAGCUCCUUGAAGACUCCCCUCUCUUCAUGCUCGCUGGACCAGGAGCCUGAGAGUGUUGUCCUGGAGAUGCAGGAGGAGGUGAAGGAAAGGGAGAGAGAAAAUGUGGAUGUAGAGGAAGGGGAGGAGAUGAAAGAAGAGGAAGCGGCCGUUGGCUUCCCUCGGUUAGAUCACACCGCAGAGGAAGAGGUCUCUGCUUUGAACACUCCUUCUGGUCGAGAUGUUGAAGAAGAAGAGGAGGAGGAAGAAGAAGAAUCACCAGCAGAGGAAGUGGAACUCGUGGUGGAAAUGCUCUGCCGCCAUGAUCGGGCGGAGGACGGAGAGAAGAAGGAGGCCGAUGAAGUCACACCCGAUGAACGAGAUGAUGCAGAAACAAGUCGUGCUGUCAACCAGGCGCAGAGAAAAGAGAACGAGGACAGUGAGGGAGAGGAGGAGGCGAUCGAGCUGGAGAAAGAGCCCGAGGUGGAGGAGGAGGGACGGGAGAAGAGGGAGGAGGAGGAAGAGGUGGAGGAGGCAGAGGUGGAGGAGGCAGAGGUGGAGGAGGCAGAGGUGGAGGAGGCAGAGGUGAGAGUGGAGAAGGCGGAGGAGGCGACAGAGGAAGAGAGGGAGGGCGCGGAGGAGGCGACUGAGACGUUUCAUGGAGCAGCAGACGAGGAAGCUGCCAUGUUGCCGCAGGUGGAGGAGGAGGGCGUGGACGUCGGGGUUGGAGAUGGCGGCGAGACCGUUCUGGGUGAAGCGGCUUCCGAUCGCAGCUCCGGAGGGGACAGUGAGGACGGAGAAGAGAAGGUGGAGAAAGUCGUGCAGAUCGGCCGCGCAGAACACCAGUCGGAGGAAGAGGAGGACGAGAGUGAUCGAGAUCCGCAGCAGGAAAGCGUAGCAAGCGUAGCAAUGUGCAAGGAGGAAGGUAACGUCUCUGCCAAGCCUCCGUCUUUGUCCCUUCCAGGGUCACCAGAGAGCGGAAGCAGCACUCCCAGUAAGACCAGCAAGACCUCCAUCCACAUAAAUCUACUCUCUCCAAGCUCAGAGAAAGCCACACCUUUCUUCCAAUGCUCGGCAGCUGCAGACCCCGCAGAAGAAGAACCAGCGGACGAUGCGGAAGCCGAGGAGGAAGAAAACCAUUCGGCCUCGGAGGGAGAGGCCACUCUCUCUGCCUCUGCUUCCAGCGACUCGGAUCGGAGCAAAGUCGGCUCCGCCUGGCGGAGGUCACUCUCUUUUGAAGAAGCGGAGGAGACCUCUCUUUCCUCUUCGCCGUCCUCCUUCACAGGACCCAGAAGGGUGGAGGUGGAGGCCGCGAAUAGCAAGGACCCAAAGAGAGCAGAGCCCAAAGUGGAGGCAAAGCCCAAAGUGGGGGCAGAGCCCGAAGUGGGGGCAGAGCCCGAAGUGGAGGCUGAGCCCGAAGUGGAGGCUGAGCCCAAAGUGGAGGCUGAGCCCGAAGUGGAGGCAGAGCCCAAAGUGGAGGCUGAGCCCAAAGUGGAGGCUGAGCCCAAAGUGGAGGCAGAGCCCAAAGUGGAGGCAGAGCCGGCCAGUUUGUCACAGGUGGAGCUGGUGUUGAGCCCUGGUAGGUUGAGGAGUGCAGGGGCCGCUUCAGCUGUCCCGCCUCAAUCCUCCAUUCAACCUCCGACCACAGCGAGCAGAGAAGACUGGCUCCUCCCCCCUGCAGAGAGCCCGGUCGCAGCGGAGGGAAACCCUGACAGUCCUUUUGGAGUUCGGCUGAGGAAGACUUCGGCUCUCCACCUCUUCCGCUCGGAGGAGGAAAACACAGAGCUUCCCGUCGAUCCUCCAGCUCAGCCAACCAGCUGUAAGGUUGACUCGCCGCAGCCAAUCAGCAUGAAGCCCUCCAUAAGUCAGCCGGUCAGCCUCAAGCCCUCCCUCUCCAAGAAACCAGAUGUAAAGCGCAUGUCAGACCCGGCUGCUCGCAGUCCUUCUGGUGGAUCUGAUCCUCCCAGCUGGAUUUCUGUGGCCAAACAGAAACAGAAGAUCUACAAAGAAAACUCGCUUGAUGAGAUCACAGUCAGGAAGGAGGAGCAGGAGAGGGAGAGUUCGGUUGCAAGCAGAGAGCACAGCAACAGAACAACGGAGGGCAAAGCAACUCCGCUGGAGACCAGUAAGCAUUCCGCGUCAGCAGAGAAGGAGCCCCGGAGGUCUCUCUCUCCUCCGACUCCGGUGCCUCCUCAACCCCUUAAAUUCCAGUCACCGCCCUGCCCUGUUCCUCCGAAACCGCAGCUCCCACCGUCCGCCGCCAGACACCCACCCCAACCCGCGGCCCCCCAAAGGUCCCUGUCACCCCCUGCUCCGAUUACCGUGCCCAAAAAAUCUCCCUCCUGCACUAACCCGCCAUCGCCCUCCAAAGCGGCCGCCUCGCCCAAGACGCCGCUGCCCCGGAGCACGACGCCUACCUCCCCUCCCUUUUCCUCGAGAGCCGCCCCGGAGCCAAAGUCUGGCUCAAGAGGAGCUCCGGGGCUCCACAUCCAAACCCCAGCGUCUCAGCGAAGCCCCCCUCCUCCGGCGUCGCCCCAGGAUGAGCCUCCCUGGAUGGCCCUGGCCAAGAAGAAGGCCAAAGCCUGGAGCGAGAUGCCCCAGAUCGUCCAGUGACGGAUGGCGGUUCCAGUGAGAGCUUGUAAAUACGGGCCAGAGUGGGUCGGAUCUGAGAGUCUAGUUGGACCAGAAUGCAUUUGCACACAAAGAGUUGCUGUUUUCUGUUGGUACUUCCUGGUUUCUAUCCUGGCUUAAGUUUUCAGAUUGGUGCAAACCAGCCAAUCACUGCCAAAGACAUCCAGUCCAGUCUAACUCCUGUUGUCUCAUGUUGUACAUUGGUGUUUUUUAAAUGGCAGGGUGGGACCCCCAAACAUUAUUGCAUCUUACUUGAAGUGGAUCCAUUUUUUUUUUCAAGUCUUAUUAUGUUGAAAUGUGCCUGAAUGAGAGGAAAUACCUGCAGUGUUGCAGCGGAAAAACAACUAUUAUAUGUUAUUAAGUAAAAAAUAUUAGUAAAUAAAAAAGACAGGACUAUUUUAUUAAAAGUAAAAGAUUUAUUCAUUGAAAGUUGGUGAAAAGAGAUGAUGAAGAGUAGGAGACAAAAAUCUGUGCGUGUUUAUUGUUGGCUGUGGUGCAGGCUCACGUUUUGAGGAAUGUGGGACAUAAUCGAAGUUAAGUGGGGUAAAAAAAUGAGUUUUGCUAACAGCGUUUCCUCAGUCCGAGUAUCCGAGUCUUUAGAAAUAUAUUUCUCGUUACACGUUCAACUGAAACUAAACCAUUGAGCCAGCGAAUGUGUCCAACGUGCUCGUGCAACACUCGUCACCAUAAAUUGUAUCUUCAAUUUUGCAUGAAUGAACUAACCCGUCCUCCAAAAGGCCCUCUGUUUAGGAAUCAAGGAUAACUGUUAUCACGUCCACUUUCAUGGGUUUUUAAUACUUUGAGUGCGUCAUGUUGGCCGCGGGUUAGGACACUUUUUUUUUUCCGAUCACAACCAGACAUUAUUUGAAACAGCAAUUAAUAUAUCACUAAGAUUGAUUUGCUUCACAUCACAAACGGAAAGUGUUUUGUUUGCAUCCAUUAAAUCUAUCACAUUAACUAUAUAUAUAUAUAUAUAUAUUUCUUUUUUUAUGCAUUUUGUUUUAUUUUGUAUUGCUUUCUGAGAAUUUGUCUUGUACAUAAAAGAAUAAAUUUAAUCUGGGUUCUUUUGUUA